CUCUGUCUGCAGCAGUAUGUCGUGUUCGGUGUGGGAGCAGCUCCCUUGUCUGCUUCCCCUCAAUAUGACCAGUCAUUUCCCUGAAGCUGCAUGGUGUUAACUUCCUGUCUGCACAAUAUUCGCUCUUGAGAAGAUAAAUAAAAAAAGAGAAAAAAAUGAGUUCCAGGGAAGAGGGGGCAAGACAGAAAGACCUACAGCGAGAAAGGGAGAAAGAAAAUGGGAGAAUGAAAGGAAGAGAGAGAAGGAGUGACAAAGAGAGAACGGGGAAACAGAGCGCGAGAGAGAGAGGGGGGGUGGGAUAGAGUGAAAUGUUCUGUGAUUGAAGGAGAGUGAGAAUGAGAGGGAGAGAGCGUAGAAGAGGAAACCUUUUUGACUGUCAGUAUUUUGUGGACCGGUCAGGAUACACCAUCUAACAGAUUACCAGUGUCCCCUGAAGGAGCAGGAGGCAAAACACAUAGAGGUGGAGGGGUGAGUAAGAAAACAAGAGGCUAGAGACAAAAUGGCUACAGUCUGCACUGCUUCUGAAUUUGGUACCGGCAGGUGAGUUUACUUCUGGAGCUCUGCUCCUUUAUGUUUCGCUACAGAUAUUCAUCUGCACGCUUCCAUGGACAAUUCCAACGGUAGCUACUGUCAGUUAUAGCUCUCUCUUCUCUGGCCAUCUGACAGCAUAGACAUUAAAACAGGACAAUAUCUAUCACUCACUACCUUCCUGCCUCGGAGAGCUCAAAUGGAGAGUCCAAAUAUCUGCCAGUCGUUGUUGUCUCCGACAGUUGAACCCAUCUGUCAUCUCCCGGAGCGUAGGCUUCUGUUGCUGGGGGGACCAGGAGCUGGGAAGAGCACCACAGGGAAUGCCAUCCUAGGUGAGGAGGUCUUCCAGACUGGGACAGAGACUGUCCACAGCACCGUUGGCCACGGGGGGGUCUGCAAUAGGCGUAUCACUGUGGUUGACACCCCAGGCUGGAUUAUACCCCAUGACUCAGCGGAUGAUAACACCGGGGCCCCGCCAGAGCGGGCUAGCAAGGAGGGACCCUGUGUCGGUGCCACUCUCUGUCCCCCAGGGCCCCACGCGCUCCUGCUGGUGGUCCCCGUGUCACAGCCCUUCACAGAGGGCCACAGGAAGGCUGCAGAGAAGCAGCUGGGUCAUCUAGGAGGAGGGGCCUGGAGGUCCACCAUGGUGCUCUUCACUGGGGUCGACAAGCUACCUGAGGGGACGUUCGUAGAAGAGUUCAUUGCAGCUGGGGAGCCCCUUCAGUGGCUGGUGGAGAGGUGUAGUAACAGAUACCAUGGCCUGGAUAGUAACACACAGCAGAGUGGGGAUGACAACACGGUGAACACACAAGUUCAAGAGCUGCUGGAGAAGGUAGAGGAGCAGGUUAAGGAAAACCAUGGCUGGUAUUUUGCAGUAAACGAACUGAUUCUGCUAGAGGAGGAGCAGGCAAGGAAGGCGGUGGAAGAGAGGCGGGUGAGAGAGGAGCGGGAGGAAAGGGAGAGGCAGAGACUGCGGAUGGUCGGAGGGCCUCCCAGAGAGCUGAGGGUCCUCUUGUUGGGCUGGAAAGGAGUGGGAAAAAGUUCUGUAGGGAACACCAUCCUGGGCCGGCGGGACUUUGAGUCUGGAACAGAGACGGAGCAGAGCCUUAGGAGGCAGGCUGAGGUGGCCGGACGCAGGGUCACUAUCGUUGACACCCCUGGCUGGGACUGGUUCUCCGUCAGACGCACCCCCAAACACGUCAGACAGGAGUCGAAGCGAGGUGCCACCCUCCUCCGGCCUGGCCCCCACACCCUUCUCCUGGUGCUGCCCAUCAUCUCCACCCUCACUUCACGCAAGAGGCGGACCCUGGAGGCCCACCUGGAGGGCCUGUUUGGUGAUAGGGCGUGUCUCCACACCAUGGUGCUGUUCAGCUGCGGGGAUUGGCUAGGCCGAACACCCGUCGAGGAGCACAUUCAGAAGGGAGGGCGGGAGCUCCACAGGUUGUUGGAAUACUGUGGGAACUAUUAUCACGUGGUGGACAGCAAGAUGCCGGGGAAGGACACAAGGAACAUCUCAGAUCUGCUGGACAAAAUAGAGGAAAUGAUCAGAGAGAAUGGUGAUGAGGCCUUCUUGCCAAUACAGAUGGAUGAAGAAAGCCCUGAGUCAUCUGAGAACAACAGCCCUGAAGAGGACUGUAGCAGAGGAUGCCAGCUCCAGUAGUGACAAGGGAGAGAGUAGCCAAGAGCACAUGCUUACACACUGUAAGGUGGACACGCUCUCACACCCCAAGGCAAAACAUUCACAUUUCAAAGUAGGCUGGUGUAUAAUUACACUGGAAAUGAAAUAACACAUACAAUGCCUUCAGAAACUAUUGUGUGAAUACUUUCUGAAGGGACUGUACAUGUAUUCAAAGUAGUUGGGUCAUUCUUGAAUUGCUGUGGCAUUUGCGUCCCUCGCCUUUGCAACCAUGAAAAACACUUUAAAAGGACAAAUAAUUGCACAUCAUUCAUGUUUUUGUUUAUAUUGAACUGUUUAUCAAUGAUAAAACAUCAUGCAAGUCCUUUAUACUGCAAAACUGUAUGCAGUACUCAAUGCAAGCACAUUGUAGUGACAUAUUUUGGGCAUUAAGAGAUAUAUCUACUAUUUGGAAUGCUAGAAAGUAACAAAAUAUUGUAUAGUUCAAUGAAACCAAAUAAAGGCUAUUAAAAAGAAGGAAAAUGUAUGUAAUAAAAAAAAAAUAUUCACCAAAAAAAGAUAUGGGGGAUUGGAAAUGAUGCUUAUAAUUACAUUGAUAGAAGUCACAAUCUCUCUGCAAUAUUAAAGCUGAUCUCAUUACUCAUUACAAAGAUAAACAAGGCAACAGUAAACAUGUCGUCCCGCACGAAUGAUGCAGCCUUAGACCAAUUAAUAACUGCAAUUCAAACAAGGGUGACACUUUAUUUGAAGGUACACAUAUGGGCCACUAAUUUCUAGUUUAUAAUUAUGUAUAUAAGUAGCUUAUAAGGCCUUUAUUAUGUGUUAUUAGCCAUAUAUUAGACCUUAAUUAAGUUAUUUGUUAUUCAAACAUAAGGCAUGUAAUUAUAACCUCGUUAUUAGCUGUAAUAGUCAUAUUUAUUGUUAAUAAAUAAAGUUACACAAGAAACUCUCAAGCUGGGACUAAUAAGGGCAUAGCACCUCAAUACGUGUUCCCUAUUCUGAAGUGUGACUAUACUUGCUGAUUUUUUCCCCCGUUAAUGACCUCAUUGGACAGAAAGGGGUACAUCUCCCUCAUAUAUACCAUACAGCCAACAUUCAAGAUACAUUUUUAUGUAAUCAAUUAGAAACUAAACUUCCAUAUAUACUUCCAUACAUGUUGGCUGUUUGGCAUAUAAUGUGGCAUACUUACUAUGGCUGUGAUAUGGGGUUGCCUCACCUGAUGUGGUUGCCUCAAUUGAAAUGUAAAUGAAGGGCAAUUAUACUGUGAGCAAAAUUAUUCAUCAUAUCACUUUAGUAAAUUAUUUUUAAAGGGUUAAAGACGUAAUAUUUUACCUUCUAUGGCCUCCAUUUAAGAAAAUCCUAAUUUACCUAAAAUGUGUCAUUGGUGUUACCGUCAUUGGUGUUACUACUCCUACUGUGGCACAAUUCUAUCAUAACGUUAGAAAUGAUUUAAAGUCAUUAAGCUGCCCUUUUAGUUGAUUUGAAAAGGGAAGAUGUACCCAAAUACAUUUAAAAUCUAGAGAAUGGACAUUUCCAAAAUCCCCAAAUGCCACUGCGAUUCAAGAGCGACCGAGUUGUCAUCGUUUCCCUCAAGGAGUUAUGGUAAUUGAAAAUGCAACUACGCAUUAUGGAUACAUUGUCGAAUAAAUGCAUGUGUGGUGAGCAUCCGAAAGAUAAACGGCACUCUUAAAAUAUUCACAUCAAUCUUAUCAUUUGAUCAGGCUUUGGUUCGUGUCGUCAGAACAAUACUAAACUGGAAUGGAGUAAUGGAUGUCCUGUGACAGCACUGCCGUGUAUUAUUGAAAUCUAACAUUAACUUCUUAUUUUAAAUAUCUCAACUCUGACACUUAUAAAUGCUUUACUGACUGUUUUAUCUGGUAGCGCAUUGCAGUACACAUAUUUAAAAAGACAUGCACAUGAUGUGAUGUGAAUGUUCAAUUGCACUGAAAUUCAUGGAAACAUGUAUAUUAAAACAUUUUGCACUGUA